AUGGCGGCGUCCGUGUCCGCCGGCGUCGGCGUCGCGUCGUCGUCGUCGUCGUCGUCGUUCGCGAGCGCCCGAUCUCAUCACGCGUGCCGGCAUCAGCUCUCCUCGAACCGUCGGGGCCUCGCGACGACGACGACGACGCCGUCGCCGCCGCCGCCGACGCGAUGCGCGGCGUCGUCCAAAGGAGGGAAGCCGACGACGACGCGGCGACGCGCGCGGGCGACGACCGUCAGAGCGGCGGACGACGCCGCGGAGGCGGACGCGGCGAUGGUGCAGAACAACGCGAUCGGCCGCGCGGCGCGCGGGAAAGCGAAAAAGACGACCGCGUCGUCGUCGUCGUCGUCGUCGUCGACGACGACCGCCGCCGCCGCGCCCGCCGCGACGCGCCCGCCGCUCCUGAACGUCCUCGCGGACGACGCGCUCGGCCCCGCGCACGCGUCCGCGACCACGUGGAUCGUCUUCAGCGACCUCCACGUCAACCGAAAAACGUCCGACGUCUGCGUCCAAGUCCUCGACGCCGUGCUCGCGGAGGCGCGAUUAAAAAACGCGGGCGUAGUCUUCCUCGGGGACUGGUGGCACGCGCGCGGGGCGAUUCCGGUCGAGCCGCUCAACGCGAGCCUCGACGCGAUCAGAGCGUGGGACGUGCCCGUGGUGAUGAUCCCGGGGAACCACGACCAAGUCACCGCGGGCGGGGAGCUCCACGCGUUGGCGCCGUUGAGAGCGGCCAACCCGGAGCGCGUGCGCGUGUUCGACAGCCCCACGUUCUGGCGCGGCGCGCUGUGGCUGCCGUACCGGCGCGAUCACGGCGUGUUGAGGGACGCGGUGCGCGAGGCGAAGGCGCUGCGUCUGAGCGGUCCGACCGACGGCGGCGGCGGCGACGGCGGGCCGGCGUUGAGAGCGAUUUUUUGCCACGCCGACGUCAAGGGCGCCGCGAUGAACGAGAGCUUUCAAGCGAAAGACGGCGUCGACCCGGAGCUGUUCGCGGUCAAAACCGACGCCGCGACCGACAACGUCGUCCCGACGUUCACCGGGCACUAUCACAAGCCGCACACGGUCGCGAACACGUCGAUCACGUACGUAGGGAGUCCGUACCAAGUGAGCCGCGCCGAGGCGGGGCAGCGAAAAGCGCUCGUGGUGUUGGACGCUUCGAACGGCUGGGCGGGGUGGACGGACCCGGACUCGAAGUCAAAGUCGAAAGCGAAAUCAUCCCAAGUGGACCCCGCGAACCCGGUGAAACUCCCACGGUCGUCGCUGAUCCCGAUCGACCUCGGGCCGCGGCACUUCGCAUUGUCGGGCGAAGACGCGAAGAUCCCGAGAGACGCGAGAGCCGGGGACGUCCUUCGCUGGACGCUGCCGCUCUCCGCGGAAUGUGGAACGUCAACCGAUGCGGGCGCGUUUACGGCGGGCCCGGGCGCCGCGGCGUCCGUGCCGAGCAUCGAGCGCGCGCGCGCGCAAGGGAUCCACGUGGAAGUGUCGUACGAGACGAAGCGAGCCCCGGCGAGGAUCCCCAAAGCGGAGGAGCUCGGCCCCGUCGGGCUCUACGACGCGUACGCGAAGGCUGUGCGUCUCCCGCCCGACGUCGCCGCGGAAGGCCGCGCCGUCCUCGCGGAGGUCGCAAUGCGCGUCGCGGAGAGCGACGUCGACGGCACCGGCGCGGCGUCGUUGUCUUCCCCGAGGGGGAAAGGCGAGCGCGUUCGGAUCGCGUUUAAGGAGGUCGAGGUGGAAGGCUUCGGCGCGUUUUCCGACGCGGUGACGUACCCGCUGCGUAACCGCGGCGUGUGCGUCGUCGUCGGGGAUAACAGAGACGACCGCUGCAGCGACAGCAACGGCGCGGGCAAGACCACGCUCGUGAUGGCGACCGCGUGGGCGCUGACCGGCAACUCCGACGUCCGCGUCGAAGGCGGGAGCGGGAAGACGCUCACGAAGACGGACGUCGUCAACGACGACCGAAAGUCCGCGCGCGUCCGCGUCGAGGGCUACGUUAACGGCGAGCCCUUCUGGGUCGAGCGCAAGGUGUCUCGGACGAAGCUGAUAUCCUUGCGGUACGGCGUAUGCGACGAGGAGCGAACGAUGGCGGACAGCCGAAUGACGCAGAUCGCGAUGGACCGAGACUUGGGCGCGAGCGUCGCAAGUCGCGUCGCGUUCCACGGUGAGACCGCUUUCCCCGUCGAUUACCCCCGUCGAUUCCUUUCCUUUCGCCCGCGCUUCUCUUCUCUUUCAACGUACUGUACGUUUGACCGGCGAGGCGUUCGACUGACCGACGCGCACCCGAUCGCUUCACCGAGAGCAGGGCAACACACCGUCGCCGCGUUGCUCGACGCCAACGACGCGACGCUGAAAGCCGCGCUCGGGGAGCUCGUGGAGGCGGACACGUGGACGAGCGCGAAGGAGCUCUCGAGAAAGAAAGUCUCGGAAGCGCGGAAGAGGGCGGCGGCGUUGGGCGCGGACGCGAAGGCGCGGAGGGAUUACGUGCGAAGGACGGAGGGCAGACGCGACGCGGCGCAAUCGGCGAGCGCGUCGUGGCGCGAGGAGGUUCAGACGAGGCUCGAACGCGCGAAAGCGGAGGAGACGCGCGCGUCGUCCGCGCUCUCCGCGGCGCUGGGGGCCUGCGCGGCGUCCUCCGCGGCGCUGCGCGCGGCGUCCGCGGCGUGGGACGCGGAGGAGGAGGCCGCGUCUUCCGCGGUCCGCGCCGCGGACGACGAGAUGUGGGGGAGUGAAGACGCCGGCGGCGGCGCGGCGGUGGACGAGACCGCGUUCCAAGCGCGCGCGGCGGCGCUCGACGCCGCCGCGGAGACCGCUCGGCGCGCGGUGGCGGAGCUGCAGAGAGAGGAAGCCGCCGCGAGGGCGGUCGCGUCGCAGGCGCACCGCACCGUGGGCGCGUUCCAAGGCGUCGGCGGCGGGAUGAAACCCGUCGGCGCGCACGCGCACGAGGCGGGCGUCAACGUCGGCGCGUGCGAUCGGUGCCUCCAACCGAUCGACCCGUCGCACCACGCGGACACGCUCCAGAAGCUCAUCGCGUCCGCGACCGCGUUCUCCGUCGCUCGCACGAGCCCCGGCCCCGGCUGUUGUUGCUUCCUCCGUUGGCCCCGCGGCGACGGCGGCGCCGGCGCCGCCGGCGCCACCGGCGACGCCGCGACCACCGCGUCCGCGCCCGCCGCCGCCGCCUCAAACGCGCGGCGCGCGCGGGACGCGAACGAGAAGCUCGCUGCCGUUCGCCGCGCGCGGGUGAACCCGCACGUUGUCGCGGCGGCGCUCGCGCGCGCGGACGCGGUCAUCGCGUCGUCGCCGGUGCCGCCGGCGACGCCGGCGCCGCCGUCGCCGCGGGACCAACGGACGAACCAACAACCGCCGGGCCCGGGGCUCGUGCGAGCGACGGAGAACGCGGUCGCGGACGCGGAGCGAAUCUCGCGCGAGCUUCAGAGGCUCGUCGCGGAGAGCGGGAACGUCGCCGCCGCGGCCGCGGCGAACCCGCACGAGCGCGAGGUCGAGUCGUUGCGCGCGCAGGUCGAAGCGGAGACGGAGGCGCUGAGGGCGAGGGACGAGGAAGUCGCCGACGUGGACGCCGCGUUGUCCACGGCGCAGCGCGCGGACGCCGUGUUCGGGACGCGCGGGAUACAGUCGUACUUAUUCGAGGGCGCGCUCGGGGAGCUGAGCGCUAGAGUGGGGCUGUACAUGGACGCGCUGACGGGGGGGGCGCUGACGAUGGAGUUGCGCCCCGCGGCGGCGGCGGCGGCGGAGGCGGGGGAGAGGAGGGCGCCGAAAAAGUCCAAGGCGAAGACGACGGCGGCGGGCGCGUCGAAAUCCUCCAAAUCCGCGCUGUCGUUGGACGCGAGCGACGACGAGGCCGAGGCCGAGGACGACGACGUACAGGACGUGGACGAAGACGCCGCCGCCGCCGCCGCCGCCGCGACGCCGCCGACGCCCGCGCCGCCGUCCGCCGCCUCCGCCGAGAAGAUUGAAAAGAUCAUCCACGCGCACGUCGACGCCGGCGGCCGCGUGCAGCGAUCCCUGCGUCAGCUCAGCGGCGGCGAGCGACGCCGCGCGGCGCUCGCGCUCGCGCUCGCGCACGCGGACCUCGCGUCCUCGCGCGGCGGCGUCGACUGCGACCUCCUCGUGUUGGACGAGGUGUUGCAGCAUCUGGACGGGGAGGGCGUGGCGCGCGUCACCGCGUUGUUACGGUGCGUUCGAGGGCUUGCUGCGCACAUGCUGCAACACCUCGUCCAACACGACGAGGUCGCCGCCGCCGCCGCCGCCGCGACGCCGCCGACGCCCGCGCCGCCGUCCGCCGCCUCCGCCGAGAAGAUUGAAAAGAUCAUCCACGCGCACGUCGACGCCGGCGGCCGCGUGCAGCGAUCCCUGCGUCAGCUCAGCGGCGGCGAGCGACGCCGCGCGGCGCUCGCGCUCGCGCUCGCGCACGCGGACCUCGCGUCCUCGCGCGGCGGCGUCGACUGCGACCUCCUCGUGUUGGACGAGGUGUUGCAGCAUCUGGACGGGGAGGGCGUGGCGCGCGUCACCGCGUUGUUACGGUCGCUGCCGGUGGGGACGGUGCUGCUCACGUCGCAGGCGGACUCGUCGACGUCGCACCUGUUCGACGUGGUGGAUAGGGUGUAUAAGAAGGGCGGCGCGAGCGGCGUGGCGACCGCGGAGGAGUACGUGACGGUGGAUCUGUCGCGAUUUGGAGGGUUGGAGGAGGAGGAGGAGGAGGAGGAGGAGACGCGAGGGAGAGCAGUCGCGUUUUGA